AUGGGGCUAAAAUUGCUCUCUCCUUCUUACCCGCUUGAUUUCUGGUUGGGUAAGGGACGACCACUCAGUCCAGAAGCUCAUGGGCGUUUGGUGAGACUCCUUCGAGCCAAACUUAAGCCCCGGGAGCUGAUAUUGCCCCCCGAUGAGCUGUUCGAGACUGAGGAAUCUAGAUAUUUCCUAGAGUACUCUCUCCUUUAUGGAUGGAUGCGCCACUGGUUAAACUACCUUAAAUGGUAUCUAAAGGAGGUACAGACCCCUCCCAUAGUACGAUACGAUGCAGCUGAAAAACUUAAUAGGCUACCGCGGCUCGCUUCGCUUUUGUUGCGGAGCUCACUGCUUUUGGAGUAG